GCGCCAAUCGAAAAUCAAACAAACUCGUAAAGGUACAGACCGGCCAGCAGGGCGACCAUCAAUGCAGAGGAAAAUCACUUUGUGCGGGCAGGGGUGUUGGGCAGGGUCUCUCCCUCGCGGAUGCAGGUCGCUAUUCGUCGCCUCUGCGCCGCGCCCCACGCUGCACAAUCAAUUAUGACGGAGGAGGGCGCAUCAUCGUCGCACAACGAGCGCCAGACCGGCACACCAAGGCCUCUUGACGUGCAACGGGUCGGCAUCAAUGCCGAGGCGUGGCAGUGUUUGCAGAUUGCGGAGAUUGAAGACCCGCUCUUGGUCGAGGGCGGUAGCGCGCGGACAAGCUCAACAGCAUCGUGCUGUCCCUCUCACGGGGUUUCUGGGAGCAGGGGGUGGGUUCGGAUUCGGGUUGCAAACGAAGUGUCAGUGUUUCGCGGGGACGGAUGCCGCUCAGGGAAGGGAUCUCAAACUUUAACGCUCCCAGGGCCCUGUUCCCUGAAUCGAUUUCCUGAAAAGGACCGGCUUUGGCGCGGCGCGCGCGCGAGCGGCUGGUGCCGUCGUGGCCGGGUAAAACUAGCUUGAAUCAUGGGCGCAGAGUUCGAUUUGCGGGGCGGGAUCUCAGAGGCUCAGGGUGCGCGGGAAUCGAGGGAUUCAUAGAGUUUGGGUCGCGAACCGUGCGGGUGUUUGCGCCGCGUCCCUAUUUAAUUCAAGG